AUUCAAUCCUUUUCCCCAUUUUAUAUAGACUUCGUUUUUGUUGGUGUCUGAAUAGGGAAUACAUUUGUUUGUUUAUUUAUUUAUUUUGCUUUCAAACCGAUGCCGUUAAGAGAGCCUAAUAUUGUAUUAUUGUUAUUUUAAUUCAAGGAGAUCGAAACUGGAAUUGAUCUGUUUAUGUAUGAAGAAGAAGAAGAAGGGAGGUGAGCGCAGGCACAUAUGGUGGGAAGUCGAUCCAGCGAGCGCCACGAGACCGCCGACAAUAGCGACGACGACGACGACGUCGUAAGCGUGCGCGAGCUCUGCGCCAAUGGCGUCUGCAUUCGCGCCGCGGAGGUCGAAGCAAAGCUCGACGAUGGUAACAUUCUGGAUGCCGAGUCUUCCUUGCGCGAAGGCCUCUCUCUCAAUUUUGAGGAAGCAAGAGCUCUUCUUGGUAGGUUGGAGUACCAGAGAGGCAAUGUGGAGAGUGCUCUUCGCGUGUUUGAUGGUAUUGACCUUCAAGCUGCUAUACAGCGGUUGCAGCCCUCACAAGCUGAAAAGCCUUCUUCUAGAAGGGGCCGAUCUCGCCCAGAAUCAGGGCAUGUGGUUCCUCAGCAUGCUGCUAGCCUAGUGCUUGAAGCCAUAUACUUAAAAGCCAAGUCUCUUCAAAAGCUUGGGAGAUUGACUGAGGCUGCUCAUGAAUGUAAAAGUGUGCUAGAUGCCAUUGAGAAGAUAUUCCAUCUUGGUAUACCAGAUUUUCAAGUUGAGAAGAGGUUGCAAGUAACAGUGAGUCAAGCUGUAGAGCUUCUUCCAGAGCUUUGGAAACAGGCUGGUUGCUAUCAUGAAGCAAUGUCUGCCUAUAGACGUGCCCUGCUUAGUCAAUGGAAUCUUGACAAUGAGUGCUGUGCGAGGAUUCAGAAAGCAUUUGCAGUGUUCUUGCUAUAUGGUGGAGUGGAAUCUGCCCCACCCAGUUUGGCUGUUCAGAUUGAUGGUUCAUAUAUACCUAGAAACAAUCUGGAAGAGUCAAUUUUAUUGCUAAUGAUUCUUUUGAGAAAAUAUUACCUUGGUAAGGCCAAAUGGGAUCCCUCAGUAAUGGAACAUCUUACUUUUGCAUUAUCCAUUUGUGCCCAAACUUCUGUUUUGGCUGGGCAACUCGAGGAGGCCAUGCCUGGUGUAUUUCAUCGUGCUGACCGCUGGAAAGCGUUGGCUCUUUGUUAUAGUGGAGCUGGACAAAAUAAAGUUGCCUUGAAUUUAUUAAGGAAGUCCCUACAUAAACAUGAAAAACCAGAUGAUCUCAUUGCAUUGUUGCUUGCUGCUAGGAUCUGCUCUGAGGAUUCCCUUCUUGCAGCUGAGGGUGUGGGCUAUGCGCAGAGGGCAAUUGUUAAUGCUCAAGGAAAAGACAUGCAUUUCAAGGGCGUUGGCCUUCAGACAUUGGGUCUUUGUUUAGGAAAGCAAGCUAAAGUUUCUUCCUCAGAUUUUGAGAGGUCUCAUCUUCAAUCUGAAGCCUUGAAAUCAUUAGAUGAGGCAAUUGCUUUUGAGGGCAGCAAUUCAGAUCUUAUUUUUGACUUGGGAGUUCAAUAUGCAGAACACCGGAAUUUGAAUGCUGCUUUGCGCUAUGCUAAGCAAUUUAUUGAUGCAACAGGUGGGUCAAUGUUGAAAGGUUGGAGAUUGCUUGCUCUGGUUUUGUCGGCCCAACAAAGAUUUUCAGAGGCUGAGGUGGUAAUUGAUGCUGCUUUGGAUGAGACUGCCAAAUGGGAGCAAGGCCAGUUGCUGAGGAUGAAAGCAAAGCUUAAAAUCUCUCAAUCGUUACCAAUGGAUGCAAUUGAAACUUGUAGAUUCCUCCUUGCAUUGGUCCAAGCCCAAAGAAAAUCAUUUGGUCCUUCAAGGAGUAUCACUCAGGUUGAGGAACAUAUAGUCGAUGAGUUUGAAGUUUGGCAGAGUUUAGUGAAUAUAUACUCUAGCCUGUCGCACUGGAGGGAUGCAGAAAUAUGCUUAGAAAAAGCUAGAGCAUUGAAACAGUUCUCUGCAGAAACACUGCAUGCCGAAGGUCUAAUGUUUGAAGGACGUGGACAAACUGAAGAUGCUUUGGUUGCUUAUAUCAAUGGUCUUUUAUUAGAGCCAGAUUAUGCACCAUGCAAAAUCUUUCUUGGUGCUGUAUUGUCAAAGAUGGGCUCAAAGGCAUUGCCAGUUGCACGGAGCUUGCUUUCAGAUGCUUUGAGGGUUGAGCCUACUAGCCGUAUGGCUUGGUACUAUUUAGGGGUGGUGCACAGGGAUGAUGGACGCAUGGCUGAUGCUACAGACUGCUUCCAGGCAGCAUGCAUGCUUGAAGAAUCCGAUCCAGUUGAAAGCUUUGGUUCUAUUCUGUAACUGGUUCUCAUCUGCAUCAAAUGUCGGUUUUUGCUUUCGUGCAGUCAAACACCAAAAGUGAAUUCUGUGGCCCACUUAGUAGCUGGUAAGCAUCCUCCCAUUGAAUCGAAUGCUAGGGUAGGCUCAGGAUUUUGUAUCAUUUGCUGUUUUGAGAUUUGUUUUAUACUUGUCCUGGUCAUAAAGAAAAUGAAAUAAAGAAUAAAUUUUAAGGGUGAGAAAGAAAAUAAAAGAGGGAAGAUAACAGAUUCCAAGAUAUCAAAAUUUUAUUGUAGAGCUGAGGAAAUGUUGUGACCUCAUAUGUGAUGGUUUCAAACCAUGUUUAUUCUUGGUUUUAGUAAACUGUAAAUUUGCCUGUCGGAAGUAGAUUUUGUAAUCAUUUUGAUCCUGAUGUACCAUUAGAACUCCCUGCAGUUAUAAUAGUCUUCUCGCCUUCGUAAAUUAGCACUGAUGUACAAUUCAUCUUGAUCAUAUAAUUGCGAAGUCUAAAACAACUUAGAUGCUAGUUCUUUUUGCACAACUAAUAGCCUCCCAACAAAGUAUGGAAUGCUUAAUGCUUGGAAGACGGCAUUUGAUCGCUGUAUUUUUUCAAAAUAAAACCUAAAACAUGUGACUAUCAAAAGAAAGAAGAAAUCAAAUGCCUCAUUAGAUUAAAUACUUUACCAGAUUUCUUCCUUCUCUCUCCAUUUCACAUUUUUCUCUUCUACUCUUGUGUUCCCUAUUUGUCUUACAAUCUAGCGUGUGGAUGAUUUGGUGCAAACUAUUGUUGGAGUGCAAACUAGAAACAAUAUUUCUAUAGAGCACAUUCUUAGUAGAGUUAAUUAUUCUCUAUUGGAUUUUCUCCAAUAAGUUACGGACAGCAAUUUCUUGUUCAUGGUAGCUCCCCUACACAGGAAGAGAUUGAGGCAUGUUGGUGCCCAAAAAUUUUUUUCCAUGGCUGUGAAGAAUCUGCUUCCUUCUCGCAAUGCAAAGUUCAUGUGCUUCAGAGUGCCGUAUAAAAUUCAAGGAAGAUGCUAUCAUGCUCCUGAGAACGACAAGCUUUCUGUUUUCUGUAUUCUUUUAAGUCAGUCAUGGAUUUCAUAUUUCAUUCUUGUUAAAAUGGUACUUUUAUUAGCCAAGGAUAUACGAGGAAUUCGUAUUGUAUGA